GAUAAAGCGCGGAACAGCUAACAGCUACGAGUAUGUCGUGCUACGUGUACGUAGACAAAGACAUACCUAGUCCAACUUACACAACAAAAAAGAAAUAUUUGUUCGGGCGAGUAAAAUUUGAAUUACGCGAACAAGGUUAGAGCACUUAUACACGAGUAAUGUACUCGUACCUUAGUGAUAAUCAGUUCGUAAUGGAAAAAACAUUUUUACUGGACACGUGAGACUGCGUUUUGUAUUACGCGAGUAAACUAUAGUUUUGCAGCCGACGACGCGACGGGUUUCCAUUUUGAUUUUACAUACCGUACGAGUAGUUUACCCCAAGUAUUGGUAGUUGGUACCUACACCUACGACCUACUUACGAGUAUUAAAUCGAAUUAAUGACCGAAUACUAUGCCAAUUCAACAAGAUGGUGAUCCUUCGAUGUUUUCAACGUACGUGUUUCGAAAUGGAAGCGACGGAGGUGCGAGUGCGAUGCAUUCUGCUCUAAGUGAAGGCGCCGCCGUUGAAGCAGCGGCCGCGGCGGCUGAUCGCAACGCCACCGAAAUUUUGAAUCAUUUAGCUAACGAUGUGAAAUCUCUCAGUAAUCACGUCAUCUUUACCGAUCAGAACUUGGAUGAUUUUUUUUUCAUCAUCAAUGGCAUUCUCGUUCUAUUGAUGCAAGUUGGAUUCGCCUGCCUGGAAUCGGGUUCUAUUCAAUCGAAAAACGUCACGAAUAUUAUGCUGAAAAAUUUCUUAGAUUCAUUGAUCUGUUCGAUGGUGUUCUGGAUAUGCGGAUACGCGUUGGCGUUCGGUGAUGGAAAUUGGUUUUUGGGGCUGACUUGGUGGGCAAGUAUCGGCAUGCCGGAUGCAUUUUGGAGUCAGUGGUUCUUCCAAUACACGUUCGCAUCUACCGCCAGUACCAUAUUGUCUGGCGCGGUCGCUGAAAGAUGUUCAUUCGUCGCUUACAUCGCUUACAGCGCUUUAAUGUCUGGUGUCAUUUACCCGAUCGCAAUUCACUGGGCAUGGACCGAACAAGGAUGGCUUUACGCGCUCGGUUUUAAAGAUUUUGGCGGCGGAAUGUUAGUUCACGGCUUAGCGGGAAGCGCGUGUUUAGUCGCCUCAAUUCUAAUCGGACCGAGAAUAGGACGUUUCGAUGGCGGCCAGGAUAGUGAAAAAUUUACCACCGGCCAUUCGUCAGCGUUGAUAGGAAUUGGAGGAAUAAUAAUACUGGUUGGAUUUUGCGGAUUCAAUGCCGGAACGUUGAAUCACUAUUCUUUGCCGGAUGACGGUGAAAAGAUAGCGCGUAUCGUUCGUAAUACGCUCAUGUGUGGCGCUGUUUCCGCUUUGACCGUGUUAUUUGCUGGCAAAUUGGGCGUCUUCGGAGAUAGAUUUUGGCCAUUUUCACUGACCGUCAAUGGCGGCAUCGCCGGCCUCGUGGCUUCGUGCGGCGGAUGCGAUAUAUAUUCGGCGUUGGAGACCGUUAUCGUCGGUUUUGUUACCGGAUUCGUUUAUAUGGCGUUUCGAGGCGUCAUUUUAUUCGUCCAAAUUGACGAUCCGUUGGAUUCCAGCCCGAUCCACAUGGCAUGCGGAAUAUGGAGUGUUAUAGCUGUUCCAGUGGUAGGAAAUGGCGGCAUCUUCAACCAUUUCUCAUCUCAAUCGCAGGAAUUAUUGGUUCAAGUCGAAGGAGUAGUGGCUGUGUUUACUUGGUCGCUGGUGUGCAGCAUCAUUCUGUUCGGCACGCUGAAAUUAUUCAAGCUUUUACGCUCUACCAAGGAAGAGGAAUUCUUAGGAAUGGACAUCACAAAACACAGACAAAUUUCGUAUUCGAUAAAUGCUCCAGCGAACAAUUUUAAUGGUAAGAAGCACGCGCGCGCCGUUUUCGUCAGAAAUAUAGGCUACUCCUUCACAGACGGAAAUUCAAAUGUCAAAUUCUACACGACGCGUAUCUGUGUUGUGCGCUACUUCGUGUUGAUGCCGCAGCCGCAGCCGCAGCCGCAGCCGCAGCCUGCGGAACCUAGUUCAGUAAUGUCCACCAAAAUGCGGCGCGGCGCGGCGCGGCGAGUUGCUUCUUCUCCACCUCUUCAUCAAGCACCAAUGGCAAAUGGAAAUCGGCAAUAUCAACCUAGAAUCCGUGUUGGCAAGAUGACAUUAAUGUACCUAGACCUACAGCCAGCAGCUGAGUAGACCUACGACGUGUGAAUUCAAGUUGAAAGUUGACACUUUGACGCAGCGAGCAGUCUCACUACGGAUGAUGAUGAUGAUGAUGAUGCCGCCGCGCGCCGCGUAUCAGCAAUGGGCAAUGGCAAUACUCAGGAGUGGAGUUGAUUUGUCGGUGCGCAAGCUCAAGCGCAAACGCAACAUAGACCGAUUGCUUUUGAGCUGUGCCACGAAUAAAUUCAUAAAUGUAG